CUCCUUAUAGUCCGUUGGAGCGAAUGCUUGGCAUCCACCAGUUACGUGCUGUAUUGUUUUGGAGUCCUGACAGCCGUACCUGCAUUUAUCAGACUGUUGCAAGUUCUUAAGUAUGAACCUCUUGUAAUUGUUGGUAGGGAUGACCUGGUCCUGUAUAGCUACAAGGAAUCCCUCAGUCUCACGGAACAUUUGGCCUGAGAAACGAAACAAGAACUGGAAGACCUUAUGGCCGACAUAAAGAAAACUGCCAAUAAAGUCCGUGCCAAGCUGAAGGUAAUAGAGCAAAAUAUAGAACAAGAAGAGACGCAUAACAAAUCAUCGGCAGACCUGAGGAUACGAAAAACGCAGCAUUCGACGUUAUCAAGGAAGUUUGUCGAAGUGAUGACGGAGUACAACCGAACACAGACUGACUACAGAGAACGGUGUAAAGGAAGGAUACAGAGACAGUUGGAAAUCACUGGUAGGCAGACAACUAACGAGGAAUUAGAAGAAAUGUUGGAACAGGGCAAUCCAGCAGUGUUUACACAAGGUAUAAUAAUGGAAACGCAACAAGCGAAACAAACGCUGGCGGACAUCGAAGCGCGGCAUGCCGACAUCAUAAAGUUGGAAAACUCCAUUAGAGAGUUGCACGAUAUGUUCAUGGACAUGGCGAUGCUCGUAGAGAAUCAGGGCGAAAUGAUAGAUCGCAUUGAGUACCACGUGGAACAUGCCGUGGACUAUGUCCAAACGGCAACCCAAGACACCAAAAAGGCUUUGAAGUACCAGAGCCGUGCCAGGCGGGUGAGUCGCUCUUUUUUACCUCUAAGUAUACAUAUGUGUCAGACGCUUAUUAAUAUUGAGUAUUUUUUUGUUUCUCUACCUUACCCCUACCCUACUCCUUCUGCUGACCUUAUGGUUACUUUUGCUUUGCACUAUUUAACUUAAACUAACUACUCUCUGUGCCUUUGUCACUGUUUUCUCUCGGUACUAACUAUGUAUAUAUUACUGUGUCGGUGUUGGUUGUUGUUUGUACCCCCACCCCUUACUUCCCUUAUCCCUCGCGCGGACAUGCCACUGUAUGGCCUAGGGAGAGCUGAUAGACAGAGUGGAGUACCACGUGGGUACAGCUCAGACGUUUAUUCAUCAAGGUGGUACUGAACUGAAGGCCGCCAAGGAGUACCAGAGCAAAGCUAGGAAGAAAAAGAUCCUGAUCAUAAUCUGCCUCGUAGUAGCUCUCGUCAUAUUGAUAAUCAUAUUGAGUGUAUUCUUGUAAAGAACGUUCAUUUAGGCAUACACAUUCGAUGGAAACGGGUGUAAAUAUGUUGAACUUUUAUUGUAAGGAUACCUGUAGCUACGAUCAGAAGCCAUCUCAUACACUUUACUCAUUUUAUUUGAUAUACGUAUAUACUUUCCUACAUUUAGAUAUGAAAAAAUAGCUGACGUAUGCCACGUGUCUUUCUCUUGGUCUUUUUGCCGAUAGCUUAGUAUACGUAGGUUGAUCGUUACGCUCUAUCCCUGACCCCCUUGCUACUUGUCUAUUUAAUUCCCCCUAACAUCAUUGCUCUUGUUUAAACAGUGCUCCAGUAUCUUACCGGCUUCAGAGUUUUGUGCGUACUUGCUUACCGAUUAUACCCGACCCUGUUGCAGUAUCUUAAUAGCCUCACGGUAAAAAAUUUGUUUUAAUUUUGGAAAUAUUAUAAAUUAUAAAGGCCUGGCCUGGUAGAGUGCAGCCAUGGGAAUGCAAGAAGCAUGGCUGAAAUCAUUAUUCUGAUGAAACAGUGCCAUUUGUUACCUUCACGUUUGUCCUUAAUUUUGAGAUUAAGUUUGCAUAAUAUGCCUUUCUAAUGAUCCAUUUUUGCAUUACAACACCAUCCUAUGCACUGUUGUAAUGUUGCGGUCAGUCGAUACCGUUACAGGCGGUCCAAUGCCAUAUUGGUGAUAAGAAGAUAUUUUUUCUCACUCGAAAGUCCUGACACCAGCGUUUCACUAUACCCUUCAGAUAUUAUGCCAAACAACAUCCAUUUCUCUUAAAAUCCUUGUCACACAUGUAUCAAAAAGGAACACGUCUAAACAGUUUGGCAUAUAAGCUUAAUAUUUUAUAUACGUAGCCUACUAAGUUCUGUGGUUUAGACUGUCACCAACGUUCAUCAAAUAACGAUCUGCAAAAAGGUCAGGGACGGAGCAUGGGGAUUAAAACUCAUCUACAAGUGUCGGGUUUUUGCCAAAUCUCUGUCACAUCGUAUAUAUUGAUUAUGAUAUAGUGUGAUACAGGUAGCAUCGUUCAUUUCAUUAAUUUUUCGAACGCUUCUGAUAGUAGUUUUAGACAAAGAAAUCGUAAGUUUGUCGCAAUACAAUUGUUGCUGGUUCCUGUAUGAAACAUAAUUAUGUUAUUUGUCUGUUAACUUUAAUUUUCUUUUGUUGAUAUGUAUAUCCAGGAUUAGUUUGAGAAUUUUAAUUGAAAAACAAUCUUGAAGCAAACUUUGUAGAACUAUAAAAAUAUUUAGACAGAUUCUCACAUUCUAGUAAAGAUUUAUAUUAUAUUCUGACAUAAUAUUUGGAACACUUUGCGGCACUUAAUACUUGAGAUUUGGAGAAUUUUUUUUGUUCAAUGCAAGACAUUAUUUAAAAAAUAUUUUACUUUACAUAUUUCCCUAUUCAUUUAAGUGAAAUGAUGUCCAGUUCUAUUCUCAAUUUCGAAAAUAAAAUUCUUGCAUUGGAUACUCACACUCAUAUGUUACAUAUACAUUUACCUAUGAACAUGAGAUUCAUUGUACAUUGCGAUUUUAAUCAUUUUAGAUAGAUUUAUGGUGUAUGUAAUGUACAGAAUUGGAUGUUAUCAUAGAUUGUACACAUUUGUUCAUGAUUGAUGGAAAAAUAGAAAGUACAAGCAAUAAAAUAAUCUAAGUGAGUGGUAUACAGCUGGAAUCCUGGCAGGAAGACUAAUCAAGAGUUACACAUUCUAUUAUUAGACUUCUUGAUCUCAAAGGUUCUUGUUGUACUGUGUUGACAGCUGGAUAUCACACGACGAAGUUUGAACUAGACGGUGGUUAUUGAGUUUUGUAAUUUUAGGUAAAAUGUAUCGCAUAAAACUGUUAUCGGCAUUCUGAGACGCAUUUAUAAGUGGAAAGUCAAAAUAUAAUUGAAUUGAUUUCAGCAUUUCCACUUGAAGAGUUGUUUCAGUUUGAAAUCUCGUUGAAAAUUGUUACAAAAUCUAAUAACCAUUGCGUAUAUGCAAAGGACGUGAAUGAAAAUGUGUAAAUCUUUAUAUUGCUUGUAGAUACCAAUAUGCCGUAGAUGUAAUUCAUUGAAUUUGUCCUUUAAGAAUAAAUGAAAUCCUUCAGGUAAUUUCAUUUUAAUAACUUAUUUAUUUUUAGAUAGUACGUAACAAACAUCUCAUAUUCUAUUUAGUCUCCACUUCAGACUGCCAUAGAAUAAAUAAUGUUGCAUUGCGUAUAUUUAUCCUGAUGCACAGAUGCUACUGUUAUACAUUAUAUAGUUGGUAGUCACUUUUCAAAGGGAUGGUUCAGGAAUUUAUUGAGUCGAAUACAUCUUGUUUUUUAGUGUCUUAGAGCGCGAAAUUUCUAUUUAGACUAAGAUCCCUUCCUCACCCGGACGCCAUGGGGACGUCGACAUCAUCCGUAGCCAAUCUAAUCUAAUAGAGGCGAUGAACGCCAAAAUCUAUAUUUCAACAGGCUAGAUUGGCUACGGAUAUCGGCGACGCCGCCAUGCCAUCCCGCGAGGUAGGGCUUUAGUUAUUGCUCUGGUUUGAUCUACACUAAGAUAUAAUAUUAACCAAAAAUGCAAUUGUUUGAUCAAGAAUUUGCUUAAGAACCAUCUGAAGGCAUGAUCUGUUAAAGCGAGAACAUCUUGCUGGCUGAGAUUAUUCUGUUGGAUGAGCCGAUUUUGGUCCCCUUUUAUAUUGUGAUAAUUUGCUUACAUCACAGCGUACAUACGUAUAACUUCCAUUUGGUGUUUUGCUUAUCCUAAUACUCAUACUUUACAAUUCAAGACACCGAUGACUUUAAUGUCACUGUGUUGCCGGAUUCAUGGUGAGCCACAGAAAUAAAUAGUGAAUAUCACUUAAUCUUACCCAGUAUUACCAGUAGAUGAAGUAAAGUGAGAAUUUCAUCUUUUACGUAGGUAUUGUAAUUCAUUGGAUAUGACCAGAGCAUUUAUUAGAGUUGGAAAAAUCCUGGAGUCACCCUACUUCAUUUGUCUUUUCAGUUGAACCUGGCGGUUCUUUUUUUGCAUUUUUUUGAUUAAUCAGCGAUACUGAUUUAGAUUAAUUUGUACUAUUUAAUAGAUUUAAUGAGAUAGGGUUGACUUAUAGCGUAUCUCUUUUAAGCAUCGGACCUCAAAUUUCGAGCAGAUGAUUAGAGAAAACAUUUUCUACUGUAUGUGAGUAAAUAUUGGUUUAACGUUCAUCUAUUCAUCGAAGCUUUAGUAUUCCUUUUAAACGGUGCGUUUUUAAUAUUCGCUGUACCUACUGGCAUUCAAAAGAGCUUUGGAAAAUAUGGUAAAAUCAUUAUUAUUGUUCUAUUCCAAAUCUCAAGCGCCAUAGAAAUUGAUCUCUAAUUGAUACUGUUGAUCAAACACGCAUUUGUUAUAUCAUACCUUUACCGUUGCCGAUGUCUUUCACGCCUGUUUGUUGGAUUUUUAAUUGUCAUUGAUGGUAAAUUGAAAAACCAACUUUUGAUGAGGAUUCCUAAUAUUGUAUCAUUUCAUGAGCCGAAUGUUUUCUGGACGUCAGAGUUCAUUUGAAUGCUAGUAUGGUUUGUUGUAGCUUGGUAAAUGUACUUGUUGCAUUUGUUUUUUACCUACGUUCAGUUUACGUACUAACAAUGCCAAAGACAAUUGUUUUGAGUAUGUUAUGUUAAUUUAUGUAAUUAUUAUAUCCUCCAUAUAUUUGGUUGAAGUUGUGUAUUAUUAUUUAUACUUUUAAUUGAGGCUCUAAUUAAAUUAAAAUUAUUUUUUCA